AUGGUGGGCUUUCUUAAGCGAAUUUACGAUUGGCUGUUGAGCAUCUUCUGGUACGUGUCAACAGAAAUGGACAUCACUAUGAUCGGUCUUCAAAAUGCUGGCAAGACCUCCUUAUUAAGAGUGCUAGCUGGAGGUGAAUUCACGAUUGACUCCAUUCCGACAGUCGGCUUCAACAUGAAAAAGGUUCAAAAAGGACACGUCACAUUAAAAUGCUGGGAUCUCGGCGGCCAACCACGAUUCCGGUCAAUGUGGGAACGAUAUUGUCGAGACGUCAACGCCAUUGUAUUCAUUGUUGAUUCCGCCGACCGCGAGGCCUUCGACGUUGCCAAGGAAGAACUCCACAUCCUCAUCAACAAACCCGCGACAGAAGGUAUCCCUUUGCUUGUUCUCGGUAACAAGUCAGAUCUUGCCGGACACGCCACCGUGGACGAGUUGAUCGAUGUCCUGAACCUGAAAGAAGUUACUCACCGAGAAGUGAGCUGCUAUGGUAUCAGCGCCAAAGAGGAAACCAAUCUCGACGCUGUUCUGCGCUGGCUCAUCGGGAGAGUGAGCAAGAAAUGA